AUGGCUAUGAUUAGCAACUAUGGCACUGUUGUUCAAGUAGCUGGACUAGGCCUCGGAGUAAUGUUUAUCAGCAUGUUUGUGUUUGGAACUUUUGAAGGUCUCAAUGGAGCCAUAGAUACUUUGGCGUCACAAUACUAUGGUUCAGGAGAUUAUAGAGGAUGCAACCUUGUCUUGAAUAGAGCUAGGGUUAUCAAUUCUUUCAUCUUUAUCCCUGUCGCAAUAAUACUUGCAUUAUCCAAAGAAAUCUUAAUCUUUUUCGAUCAAGAUCCAGAAGUGUCAAGCGUUGCACACACCUUCCUCCUCUACCAAAUUCCAGGAAUGUUUGUAUGCGUCCACUUCGACACACUAAGAAGAUACAUCCAAUGAAUGGGCCAUUUCAAUCUAAUCCUCAAAGGAAGCUUAUGAAGUGCUCUAUUCCAUGUCCUCACACUCUCUUUACUUCUCAAAUAUGUCGAAGGGGAUCCAGUUAUAAUUUGUGCUCUAGUUUGGGAUUUAUCGAUUGUUGUCAAUCAUUUACUUCUCGUUUAUUUCUCUAAUGAUAUCUUGAAAGAAGUAAAUAAGUUGCCAGUGUUUGAAGGUGCUUUCACUGAAUGGUGGAGCUACCUCUCACUAGCUUUGCCAUCUGGAUUCAUAAUUUGCUGUGAAUGGUGGAUGUACGAAGUACUCACCAUACUAACAGGAUGGAUUGGAGUGAUUGAACUUGCAACAAUUGUUAUUAUUUUCAACACUCACAACUUUGUCUAUGACUUCUCUUAUGGAUUAUCUCAAUCGACUAGCUCAGCCAUUGGAAGGACAUUGGCAGAGUUUGGAAAAGCAGAAGCUAAAAGAUUGUUAAAUUAUAUUCUAACUAUUGUAGUGUGUUUAAACUUUCUCAUGACUACAAUUUAUUUUCUAUUUCCAAAACAAAUCAUAGGAAUCUUUUCUGAAGAAAAAGAAAUUGUUGAUCUGUAUAACAAAAGCUUGUACUACAUCAUCGCUAUGUUUGUGAUAGACUCUUUCCAGAUCGUAAUAGGAGGAGUCAUCAGAGGAAUCGGUGAGCAAGGCGAAUCCUCAGUUGCUAGUUUUAUCUCAUAUGGAGCCAUCACUUUACCUUCAGCAGUUAUACUAGCAUUUCCAGUUGGAAUGGGAAUGCAAGGCAUCAUCUUGGGCUACACUCUUGGAAUAUUUGGUAACGCAGUGAUGAACACUUAUUUGCUGGUCAAAUCUGACUGGGAACUGAAAAUUGAAAAUAUUGAAGAUCUUAGUUUUGUCCAAAUAGAAAUGACUUAA